AACUAAGGAGGUUUCCUGAGAAAACCUCAAACGCAAGCCCUAACUCCGUAUCGCCUCUCCUCCCUCCUCUCCCGCCUAAUCUCAGCGGCGAUCUUGCACGACGCAUCCCGACGCGAGCGAGCCUCCGACGUUCUCUCCCGCCUCGUCUGCAUCAAUGGCCACCCUCUCCGACGAGGCGAUCAAACGGAGGAUGGGCGUAUUUCGAGAUUGAGCAGCGCGCUUUUGCAGAUACAACCCUUUUCCAUUUUCGAAUUUUGCACAUUUAACAUGCUGGCCAGUUCAUAUGCCAGCGGGGAUUUAUCUGAAUUUUUGAGAAAAUUGGAUCCCUUAUCAUCUUUUUUUUUUUUUUUUCACUAUGUAAUGUUUCGUUGGGCUUAAAUCUCUAGUAUAUAAUGCUAAAUUCAGCUCAAUGUACCAUCAUACCAUCUAGUGUCGUGCUAUUAACCUUUUAAUUGUCAUGAUAUUAUCUAUGUAUUUUUGUGUUGUUUCUAGUGGAGUCACCACAUCAACUGAUUUUAGUUCUCACCAAUUAACAUUAAAAAAAAACUUGACUGUUUUAACUGUUUAAAAAAAACUUACCCGUUUUUCUCACCAAUUAACAUUUUAUCUGUCAUCAGACUUUAGUUCUAAUUGUCGUGAAGUUGGUUAUUUUCAAAUUUCAGGCUUACCUGACUUAAAAAUGGGAAUCUAUCUCAGCACCCUGAAAGCUGAGAAGUUUCCUAAAAUGACAAGAACAGCAUGCAACUAUGGAAGAUGCGGUGAGUUAGAACAUGCUUUCAGAUUCAACCUUUGAUGUAAAACAAUAUUUUGUCAGUUCUGUCAGAUGCUGGGUUUGUGCGAACUAGACUUGGACCAACGAGAAAGAAUCUCGUAUACCCCCGAUGCGUCUCAAGCAAGAUGUGGGAGGCGUGAUAGUCCUUAUAGAUGGUGAAGCCCGGUCUAUGAUCACUACGAUGGACCCUCUUAUGAGAGGGAGAGAAGUCCUAAUUAUGCUCGCUGUACAGGUCAAUCUGGGGAUGGAGAAGACAGUAAUUGAUUAUCUAAAGAUGAUCCCACCCUAAACUUGCCUCUUGCCUUCAAUUUCUCGUUCAGGAUCCUAGGGCUUCGGCAAUCUGAUCCCUCUUCUUGAUGGAUAAUAGGGCUUCAACAAUGGCGGACGAGUACAUCCAGAAGACAGUGGUAGAUUCUGAAAGAGGGAGGGAAAUUCAGUCAACAAUAAAAUUUCACGUCUUUGGCCCCAUUUCUAUUUCACCAUGAUUUGACGCUUGCCAAAUAAUUUCAUAGUGUUGUCCAAGUCCGCUGCCAUCGUGCUUCAUGGGUUCGAUGAUGAUAUUUAGCUCCAAUUUAUACUAAAGCUCAAAAUUCAGAUUCUCCUCGUGGGUGGAAAUGGCUUAGAUUAUCUCCUGCUAUUUCAGCUGCGCUCCCCAUUUCAUAGUCUUGAUCAUGACUCGUCGCUGCUGCCGUCAAUUGGUUACCUUUUUCGGUUAUUGGCUGGGAUGGUACUGCAGAUGUGUGGCACAGCUGCUCCUGGACACAAGUGUGAAGUGAUGAUGGCACAAGAAACUCCUCCACUGUGGCUUCAUAAGUUGUGCAGUGAGAAAUUCUUCAAUGCUUGCUCAAUUGAGCAUCGAGGAUUAGAUGAAAACAAGAGCGAGAAAGACGUCUUUUGUAUAAAUUGCUGCUCCAGCUUCUGCAAAGGCUGUAUCUAUGGUACAGGCCAUGACACACAUCAAUUUUUUCAGAUUCGGAGCUAUGAUAGCAAGAAUGCUGUUCGAGUGGAAGAUUUAGACAAAAUUUUCUUGUCCGAUGGCAUUCAGUCUUAUACAUAUGAGGAGAUUGAGGUAGUGUUCAUUGAAAAGCGAACUCCAACCUCAGAGCAGAACCUCAGCGGCAACUGCUGCCGCAUGUGUCAGUGCCACAUCACAGACGGUUCGCUCUACUGCUCCCUACACUGCAAGAUGAUCUUUUUGUCAAUAAACGGUGGGCUGAAAGAGUGCAUAAAGAGAGAGGGAGACGAGAACAUCGACAACGCUGAAACGAUUAAGGAACUUACAGAUGAGAGGGGACUGAUGCCAGCCUCUAGUUUGCAGCCCACGGAGAGUGCUGGAAACCUUCCAAAUCCUCAUCAACGCCAACCCCAUCAUAUUACCUAUGACAUGUUCGCUGCCGAGGCCCAAUUCCUCCACUUAGAUUCAGACAAUUCUGACCCAUUGCCAGCGAAGCGGAGGAAGGGCGGUUCUGAAUCUCAAGGAUAUUAUACCCAUCAGAAUUCUAGUACUCCAAUGGCUCAGUCAUCCACAUCUAUUAAUGAAUAUACUUCCCAAUUCUCUGCUUCUGGACCUAACCUCAUGAGUACCAGACCUAUGCAGCAGCAGCAACACGAAGCUAUCCCGUUGACUAUGCCUACUCCUGGGUGGAACCCGCCGAAGUCCACUCCAAUGGCUCAGUCAUCAUCAGCUAGAAAUGAUCAGGGACAAAUCAGUACAUUACCUAUGCAGCAGCAACAUAGACAAAUCCCUUUGUCCGUUCGGAUAUCUAUGCCGAGUGCAGUUCAGCCUGAGAAUUUUUCUGCUUCUAGUAGUGGGCAACCACCAUUGUCCACUUCGAUAGCUUAUCAGUCGACCACAUCUAUUAAAGAAUAUAAUUUCCAAUUCUCUGGUUCUGGACCUAACCUGAUGAGUACUAGACCUAUGCAGCAGCAGCAACAUGAACAUGUCCCGUGGGCUAUGCCUACUCCUGGUUGGAAGCCCCCGAAGUCCACUCCAAUGGCUCAGUCAUCAUUAGCUAGAAAUGAUCGGGGACAAAUCAGUAAUGUACCUAUGCAGCAGCAACAUAGACAAAUCCCCUUUUCCACUCAGAUAUCUAUGCCUAGUAUAGUUCAGCCUGAGAAUUACACUUCUUCUAAUAGUUGGCAACGACCACCGUUCACUCUGAUGGCACCUCAGGCGCAGAAUUAUGUUUCUAGUAGUCCGCAACCACCACCAUUCACUCCAGUGUAUAUGCCUGGUAGAGUGCAGCCUGAGAAUUACGCUUCUUCUAGUAGUUGGCACGCUCCUCCAUUCACUCUGAUGGAACCUCAGGCUCAGAAUUACGCUUCUAGUAGUUGGCAACCACCUAGUUGGCAACCACCAUUGUCCACUCUGAUGGCACCUCAGGCCCAGAAAUUUUCUCCUUCUAUACAGCAUAAUGGACAAAUCCCGUCAAAUAUUUCUUCACUGCCGACUAUGCCUACUCCUCCGGAGCAUCCUAUUCCCGGUCAUCCUAAUCCUGCCCAUAACCGUCUAGGCUUUCCUACUCAUCAUAGGCCUCAACCUCGGGUUGGACAGAUGGGGAAUCAAGUAGCAGGGAUCCUAGAAAUUCUUAGAAGGUUUAUCAAUGAGAUAUUCUUUGCUCAUUGUACAUGCAACAACGGUACCAAUUUAAAGAGGAGCUACUUUUGUUUCAAAUGCUUAGUCAGCUGCUGCCCCGAUUGUGUUGCAGAGCUUGUUCAUCUCGGACAUCAAAAUCAAACUCUUCAGGUUUAUGCGCAACAAGGUGGCCAGGUCCGAGUGGAACAUUUGAAUAGGUUUAUCGACCCAGCUCGUAUCAUGACUUAUAAGCACCGCGGCGGCUAUUCGGUGGUGGUAAUCAAGGAGCGUGGCCAGGGCCGUGGACGGGGAGGCCCACUCUGCCGAAACUGCGGGUUCAACAUCCGCGAUCAGUUCUUCUACUGCUCCCUCCAAUGCAAGGUGGAAUAUUUGUCGACUCACGGAGGCCUGGAGGACUGUCUCAGGGGUCGCUCUUUUUUUCGCGGGGGCCGAGUUAGUAGCGGGGAGGAGAUGAAGUAAAGACUGGAAAGAGGGGGCAGUUUUUUUUUUUUUUUAAAUUAUUUUUAUUUUAGGGGAAUACCCUUUUAAUUUUUUGUUGUAUGAAAAAGCAGAAACCGUAGCAGAAGUGCUACUGUGCUCAAAGGGUUGUUUUCAUUGAUUGCUUCGGCUGACAUUAAUUCAAUAUUUCAUUCAUUGGGUAAUUUCUCACCUAGCUUGUUGGGGUGACUGAAUGGUUAUAAGAUGUCUGUUUUCUAGUAACAAUUAUGACCGUGAUAAUGAAAGAACUGCCCUGCAUUGUAUGUGCAA